CCCUCCUUCCUGCACAUGCGCAGAGCUGUUCUGGGUCACGUGAUAACGUUGUUCCGUUUCCUUACAGCAGCAGUGGUCCGGUGUAGAGGAUGAGCUCGGGCAAUGGGACAAGGAGGAACGUCAGCAAGCGGCAGCACCUUAACAACAUGGUGGCACCUGACCCUGAAACACUGGCUGAGAUACAAGGUAUUUUCAACAAAUUGAAAGUCUAUGUGAAACCAUCCAGUGGGGAGUGGUGCAUCCCCAACCAAAAUGUUGCUCUCAGACACCCAGCAGAGGAGCACUGCCGUCUGCAGGCGCUGAAGGCAUCGCUGAACGCUGUGAAGAACCAGCUCAGUGACAAGAACGUCCAGGUGUGGCAUCAGCACACCAACUCCACCAAUCGCGCCGGGAAAGUGAUCGCUGCCGUACGCUCUGCUGCUAACGCAGAGAUCUGCACCCAGGCUUGGUGCAAGUUCUACGAGAUCCUGGGAAGCUUUAAUCUUCUGGCAGAGGAGGCUCUUCAGGUUGGAGAGCUGAACACAGUCCACCUUUGUGAAGCUCCUGGUGCCUUUAUAACUGCUCUGAACCACUACAUCAAAACUAGUGAGUCCACACGAUACUGCGACUGGAGCUGGGCCGCCAACACGCUCAACCCAUACCACGAGGCCAACGGCGGGAGCACCACCAUCGCAGAUGAUCGGUUAAUCGCUAACACGCUGCCAUGGUGGUUCUUUGGCUCAGAUAACACAGGCAACAUCAUGAUCCAGGCGCACCUGCUGGAUCUGCAGGCGUUUGUGUCGAACAUGCGCAGGGUCGAUUUGGUCACGGCAGAUGGGAGUUUUGACUGUCAGGAGAACCCUGACGAGCAGGAGGCACUGGUGGCGUCGCUACAUUACUGUGAGGUCAUAUCUGCUCUGCUGCUCCUGAGUCCUGGUGGUUCCUUUGUACUGAAAAUGUUCACCCUGUAUGAACACUCCUCUGUCUGUUUACUCUACCUGCUGAACUGCUGUUUCCACUCCGUCAGCGUCUUCAAGCCCGCCACCAGCAAAGCGGGAAACUCAGAGGUUUAUGUCGUGUGUGUGAACUAUGACGGCAAGGAGGCGGUGAGGCCCCUGCUCUCAAAACUGAUUCGUAAUUAUGGGCCACAACUGGCCGACAGAGAGGCGCUUUUCCCGCGAUCUCAUAUCCCAGAAUCGUUUCUGAAACAGCACGAAGAAGCGUGCGCCCACUUCCACUCGCUGCAAGUGGAGACAAUCACAGAAAACCUGCGACUGUUUGAGGGAAUGAGCAGCGAGCAGAGGCAGCGACUCGACCACAUCAGGGACUGUGUGGCUCACGAAUACCUGCGCCGCUUCCAGGUGAGCUUCCUCCCACGGAACCGGUGGAUCUCUCGCAACACGGUGAAUCCCGCCUGCUGCGUUGUGUCAGUGGGCCGACCUCUGGGACAGAAGAAGCAAACAGGCUCCUUCAAUGAGCGCAGGGAAUUGCAGACCCUGAGCUGGAGGGAGCGUAUUGAGAGGGGUUGCCAUGCCUCCAGGAUACAGAGACACUGCACGGAGGACGUCGUGGCAGGCGGCGUGCUGGAAGGGCCCCUGUCCAGCUGUCGCGUGGAGUCAUGGUACGUUAUUGUUGGGGCUGCACUGCCCGAAGUCAGAAACUCUCCGUUCUGUGAAGGAGGGCUGCUAACCCACCUGAAUGAAGCCCUGGCGGCCACAGCUGUAGACUGGACACGUGUGCCUCCGUGUGACUCUUGCCACGUGGUUUCCACAGGCUCCAUCUUGUCUGAGGUUGCAGGUCUUUGUGCCUUCAAAUCCGACGGUGCGGGGAUCAAAAAGAAUAAACGGUGUUUGGUGUUUGGCAGCUGCUCAGAUUGGGGUGUCUGUGGGAGCCAAAUUGGGGAUUUAGUCUUAACAUUUUCUGCAGAGCCUUCAUUUUCUCAAAGAGGCUGCAUCUCGCUGCACGAUGGGGAGCCGUUCUACCAGCAGCAGCUCUUAAGUUGUGUCAUGUUAUCCCUGCAGACCCUAAGCCCUGGGGACGCGCUGCUGCUGCCUGUGUUUUCUGCUCUCACCCGCAUCACUGCAGCCCUCGUGCUCUGCCUUCACGCCUGUUUUUGCUCGGUCUCGUUCAGGGGUCCGCCCAUCUCUGGUGUGGUUGGGGGUGUUCUCGUGUGCGCCGGGUUCUGCCCGGAAGCAGCUGCCCGAAUACUCCCGGUUCUCACUGAAGUCCAGACCCGCAUGAGUCAGUUGUUCACAGGAGAAGGGGACAUGGUUAAAAACCAGUCUUCUGGAGGUGACAGGCAGGUGCUGCAGUUUGUUCCUAUGGAGGAGCUGCUAACUCCAGGACUGAUUGAGUUCUUGUGGACCAUGAACUCUGAAAUCAUCCAACAGAAGCUGCAUCUGCUCAUGCAGUUAUAGUACAGUUUAGUGAGCUGUCACUCUGGGAUUCAUGCCAUCAUGUCAGAAGCUGUCUCAUGAUGUUACAGUUAUUCUUGUAGCUACCCAGCAGUUAGUCACUGAGUUAUUUUAGCUUGCUGUUGUCAAGAGUACUCAUCUUAUGUAACAUUACACUCCUGUAACAGUGUGUGGCUCUCAAUGGACAGAUUAAAAUUAUGAACACUGAUAGAGCAGAACCGGAGAUAUCCUCUAGGUACUGCACACACGAUUCUGACUUGUCAAAACCUGCUUCCUACAUUACCCACAAUUCCCGAUGAUCUUAUUCUUACACCGUUGUUUUAGAAAGAGUGUCACCAGCGAGUUAAUUUUUUAAUUUGUAAAAUAUCCUGUUCAGUGUGCAACCAUUUCAACGGGACAUUUUUGAGUUGACAAAUGAAUAAGUCAGUGCCCUCGAAGUGUGUAACAGUGACUCUAUAUAUGAGGAGGUCAAUAUCAACCAUGCUAAUGUAUUCGCUAGGCUUCAACAAAUCACAAUCAGAAAUACUUUAUUAAUCACCGGGAAAUAAAGGUUACAAAAGUUAAAUAAAAUCUUUUUUUUUCUCAACAAAACAUCUCAGUUAUUGUUUAACUUUCAAUGCCGAUUGUUUUCAGUUCUUAUGUGACUGACUGGAGGAGGCUGAAUGAACAGUGAUCUGACUUCCAGCACCAAACCUCCUCUCAGUCACAGAUGUUCAGGUUUGCUCUGAAGUUGUCUUACAAGGCAUUCUUUUACAUUAAGUGUUGGGGAUAUGUUUUAUCAGCCUUCCUGCAGCUAAUAGUCAAAUAACAGUUUAGCAAUUAAUCUUCUUCUUUUGUGUCUGGUCAGAAAAAACACUUUCUAAUCUCAUAUGAAGCACAGUCUGAGUGCACUGAAAAGUUUCACUAGUUUCACUAGUCAUUUAUUUGUAGCUUUGUGUUUGUUGAAUCUGAAUCAUUGUAUACUUUUUAACUAAGGAUAUUAUUUUCUCACAAAACUAAUAAAAAUAUGUUCUGAAAAACAA